UAAGUUGAGGGGAAAGUAACUCUAUGGACACGUACAAUCCCAAAAUCGUACUCCAUCCAAACAGUCCCAAAAUCAAAGUGCCAAAAACCUAUCACGGCUCAGUUGCAUCGCUUCCAACGAGCCAACUGUAAUAACAAUGCAGAGACUAUGCACGAAGUUCCGCUCUUUGGCCGGGCGGUCGAUCAAAACAGUGCCCGCCCUCUCCUUUUCUAGUCGCCUCAUUCAUUCUUGUCCACAACUUCAGCGACCUCUUCUUUUCGCAUCUGCUUCGCAUAAGUGGAACCUUAGCAUUCCACUAUUUAACGUAUCUUCACAGAGUUCGUUUCAGUCCCCUUCGCAGGCUUUUCAAUCGCCACAACGUUCUUCUGCAAUCCUUCCGUCAUUGGUGCAUGUCCGUCAUGUUUCGUCAAGGGAGCGACGGAAGAGGAGGAAGCCAAUGACACCAGUAACCUCCAAAGUCAAGAAAAUCAAAAUGAAGUCUUAUUCGUCCUACAAGUCCAGAUUUCGGACAUUGAGCGACGGGAGCAUUCGUCGUUGGAGAGAGGGCAAGAAUCAUAAUGCGCACUUGAAGUCAAAGAAAUCAAGGCGCAGACUUAGAAAACCUUCUACUGUGCCUGUAGCUUAUGCCAAAGUUAUGAAGAAACUUAAUUUCUGUGGUUAAAUCUGUGACAUGCAUUCUGCCAGUCAUCUUAAGGAGAUAGGGAAUACGUUUUCAGAGCAGAGUUUUGUGGCUAACAAAAUUUUGCUGCAGAUGUUCAGAGCAGUAUUUUUGAACAUUUUUGCCUUUCAAUCUCGGUCAAUCUUACCUCCAGACGGCGGCUUAUGUUAGUCUUUUAGCACAUCUGUUUGCUUAUGGAAUAACAAGAAAUUGUACUUUGUAAUAAUUUUACAAUUCAGUUAUCAAAUUACCAUAGUUUUGGAUUUUA